AAAAAGAGUGCGGAAGUAACCGAAGACCAAAAUGGCUAAUGGAUAAUGUUAGCUGCUUGGCUAAAGUAAAUAUUCAUUAACACCGGAGAGGGAGCGGACAUAACGUUACCCGAUAACUAUUUUGAAACGGAUGAAAAUUUGUCCUUUAAUUUGAAAGAAGAUGAGCCAACGGCGUGGGAUCCAUCUGGACCAAUCCGAGCUGCUCUGCAAGAAAGGAUGUGGUUUUUACGGCAACACGGCCCAGCAGGGCCUGUGCUCCAAGUGCUGGCGAGAGGAAAACCAGCGAGAGAAGCAGAAACAGAUUCAAGAAGACUGGGCACUGGCUGAAAAGCUACAGAGAGAGGAAGAGGAAGCAUAUGCAAUCAGACACCAAAAGACCCAAUCACAGCCUGCAAUUACACCCUUCAGCAAGUUUGAAGAACGAAAGACGAAAGAAAAAUCCAGCAAAGUCAACACUGUCACAAAGUUUUUCACUCCAUCUACAAAAACAUCAAAAAAAGAUGCUGCUCCCUUUGAUGCACAGUCCAGCCCGAGCCCCAGCUCCUCAGCAAGCCGAUAUACCUCUUUGGACAGUGACCAUGCGACAAGAGAGUUCAUCGACUUUCUCAAGCCCUUGAAGUCUGGCAGAGAAAUCUUCAAACAGUGUCGGGCUUUCACUGAGAGCAUGGUGUAUAAACGGGACAUGGGAGCCGAUGAGAUGUCAGAGUGUGUGCAGGACUUCUACCAGAACCUCUCAGAGCGUCUUCAGACCCAGUUCAAAGGUUCAUCAGAUCAUGUAGAGAGCGUUAUGGAUGAAGUAGAGAAGUACAUGAUGACUCGUCUUUACAAAGAGGUCUUCUGUCCUGAGACUACAGAUGAUGAGACGAAAGACUUGGCCAUUCAGAAAAGAAUCAGAGACUUGCACUGGGUCACCAUUGAGAUGCUUUGUGUACCUGUAGAUGAGGAGAUCCCAGAGGUCUCUGACAGUGUAGUAAAAGCUAUUACUGAUGUGAUUGAAAUGGAUUCAAAGUGUGUACCCAAGGACAAGCUGGCCUGCAUAACUCGGUGCAGCAAACACAUCUUCAACGCCAUCAAAGUGAGCAAGAAAGAAGCAGCGUCUGCAGACGACUUUCUCCCAACACUAAUUUACAUUGUACUGAAAGCAAACCCGCCACGACUGCAGUCCAACAUCCAGUACAUCAACCGCUUCUCCAAUCCCAGCAGACUCAUGACUGGAGAGGAUGGUUACUACUUCACUAAUCUGUGUUGCUCAGUGGCGUUCAUCGAGAAGCUGGACGGGCAGUCUCUGAACCUAAGUACUGAGGAGUUUGACCUCUACAUGUCAGGCCAGGCGUCCCCCCACUGGCCGGUGUCCACUGGUGCUGAUGGCAGUGCAGCGCUCAGUCAGGUCCACAAGCGUCUGGACCUUCUAACUGGGCUCGGCGAAAGGCAGGAGCGUGUCAUAGAGAAAGCUCGUCAGCUCGAGAGCGACCUCAUUGACUGGACAGAUGAAGUGGAGCAGAAGGUGCAGAGCGUUCUGGAGACUUUUCCACCAGAGAUAGAAAAACCUGCUGCCACCACAGCCAGCGGGACAGGACCUGUGGCAUCAUCAGCGAUUGACUCUGAUAACGUUGAGAAUGAGCUGCUUCCGCCGCCGCUGGAACCUCAGGUGUUUGCUGGUUGAUAUGAAAACCUCCAAAAAAAAAAAAAAAAACUCCCCAGGGAGCUGAACUCCAUCCUCUCUCCUUUUUCCUGCCGUUAAAAUUAGCAAUGUGUGUGCACGUGCAAUAGCUGUCUGAAUGGGAUACCAUAUCCGCCCAGCCAUCUCUCUUAACUCCGUUUUUUUGCCUCAGAGGCUCUGAAAGUGACUAAAAAGUAGCGCAUCCGUUAAGUUAGUGGACAAGUUUAUAAUUCUCUCUCGUAGAGAGUUAAAUUAGAUUGAUAGCGCCUUGGCGUCUGUUCAGGAAAUGCAAAGCUGCGGAGGUGAAGGCAGAAGUACCAUCCGGUUUAUGUCACCAAAUAUAUAAACUAGCGCAUUUCAAACUUGCUAAUUAAUAUAUUCUUAUUUUUUAAGUUUGUACUGAAUCUUAAGUGUACAAAUAACAUCUUGUUAUAGAGUGUUGAACUGUGAAGAUGGUACAGGUGGAUUCUGUCACUUCAGGGUGAAGCAAAGCUUAUUGUUUCACUUGUUUUCAUUUUUCUAAGCUAAAUUGACCAUCGCUGGCCUUUCUGCUUGAUAUUUAGCAGACAAAUAGAGUAUAAGCGUACAGUUGAUUUUAUCAUCUAAUACUUCACAAGUAGAACAAGUUCUUGAAACCAAGUAUAUUGAGUGUUGGAUAGGAGACAGUCAGCCAGAAUGUUGUGAUCUUCUGAAGCAACUCCUUUGUAUAUAAAGGAGAAAAAUGAUUCCACUGUAAGAUUUCAUAUCAGUAGACCUCAGUACCCUUUUCUCGUUUUAUUUAUUUAAAAUUUUUAUUACAAUUGUGCAGUCAGUAUAGAUGGUCGGCUGUGAUGAGAUCUUUUUCACAGGACUAAGUUGGCAUAUAGAACCGCAAAACAUCCAGUAAAUUAACUGGAAUAUUCAGUAAAUUAGACGGAAAAAAGGAUAUUAGGUCACCUGAAUGAUACACAACAGAAUGCACUUCCCACAUUCUGGCGAAUUAUCCGGACAAAAGGUGACAGUUGUGCAUGUGUACGUACGUGCUGCAUGAGCAUUUUCCAUUCAUGUCCAUAAUCAUGUAGUCCUCUGGUUAUGUGUGUGGAUAUCAUGGUCUUGUUUUCAUGCCUCACUCAAGUCAUAAGUUGGAUGUACAGAAAUUAUUUUAUUUUUCUACAGAGUUGCAGGUGUCGGUUCUUCUGAAUAACAUGAAUCCUGUAAUAUUUACAGUUGUUACAAAAAAAUGGCUGAAGGCAUGUUGUAUGAAUUCUCUUUGAUCAGAUGGCUUUGGCAUGUUUGCUAAAAGAACAGCUUUGGGUGAAAGAAAUGUGUUCAUCUUUGCUCUCUCCAAGUUAAGUUGAGCAGUUAAAAAAAAAAAAAAGGCUGUAGCUGUUUCCCUGCAAUCCCAGGAUAUAAAAUCACUAUAGUGUUGCUUUGCUAGUGCAGAAAUUAUUUAUUUUGAAGCACUUUUCCUUUGUAUUAUUUUUCGGAAACAUUAAGAAUCAGCUGAAAAAGAUGAUGUAAAACUAGUGUAAACAGUGUUUAUUUCCAUGUAUCUGUGUUUUGGCAGUCUUAUGGUGAAGGAAGUGUUUGGCAAUAGUUUGAAAAAUGUGAAAGGCACAUUUUGUUUUAUUAUUUUAUUCUUUGAUUUGAAUAUGUUUUAUUUGUAACAGCAUAGUCAGCCUUGCAGCUGCUGUGAAAUUAUUUGAAGAACGGAGUUUAAUGCAAAUGUCAAGUGUAGCUUGAACAACCUCUUGUUGCACUGUAUGCAGAAGUUAUUUAUCAGGUAUUUUAAAACAUCCUUGUUAUCUUAUAGGUUUGGUAGUUUCAGGCGAGAGACGUGAACUCAAUACUGCCUUUUAUUUAAAUGUAACUUAUUGGGACGGUAUUGGUGUAUUUGCAUCUAUGGGUGUGUGAUGAUUGAGAAAAAUAGAAAAUCUACUCACGCUUGUGUCCUCCCUGUUUUUCAAUUCUCACGUGACAACACCAAACAAUAGUAUGUUUACUCAAAGUUCAGAGAGAAAGCUACAUUUUUCUUCAUAUUGGGAAUUCAUUUUUUUUUUUUUAAUAACUUUUUAUUUUUUCCUUUUUCACAAAUAACAGAACAUUUCCCCCAUACACAGACAAUCAAAAAGUGCAUAUUAAGUCGACAAUAAUACAGACAGCAAGAUUACUUAUUAAGACAAUUCCCCUUCUUUUACUGCAACCUACUUCUAUCAGUAUCCAAAUACAACACAACAUCUCCCCAUCGGGAAUUCAUUUUUUAAUAAGCAAGUUGAUAAAGAUGCAAAUGUAUAUAGCAACCUCAGAUUUUAUGUAUUUUAAGUAAAAAUCAGAGGAAGAUCAUUUAUAUAACAAAAUUAUUUCAAAUAAAGAUAUUGGAUUCUUAAUGUUUAGUUUCAAAAUAACAAUAAUGUCCCCCAUCUUACUGCAAGAAAAAUACCCCCACUUUUAGCUGAAAUAAGUUUCAUUUUACUUUCUGCUGUUUCACAAUGGAGGUUAUUACAUUUCAAAUCGAUGUCAUAAUUCUGGGAAUGGAUCUUUUGUAGUUCCCCCAUUUCUUCAUAUUAUAAAGUUCCCAUGAGAUACGCUUAAAUAAAAGAAAACCAAAGGCUUCUAUUUUUAAAUAUUAAUAACUCUAUAACAGGAAAAAAUAGCUAAUUACCAUA